AUGAAAAAUCAAAGACUCAGCCGGCCUCAAAACCGGCAAGUUUCGCCAAUAGGCGGCGACGCCUCUGCUGCUAUGCAGGAGAAACAGGGUUCUAUACAAAUUCCAAAGAAGAAACUCUAUUCUUAUUUACAAGAAUUAUACAAAAAGAAAAGUUCCAGGAGAGAAAACGCGCUAAGGACAUUGGUAGAGGAAUUCGAGACCAAUGUUCGUUAUGAAUUUGCCAAGAAUAAUUUUUUCACUUUAGUACAUCGAUGCCAAAAUUGUUUGAAACGGAGUUCUGCACUGGAGGUAGAUCUAGCAUUACAACUUAUAGGAUUAGUUGUACUGACUCUAGGUGCAGGAGAUAAUGCACAUGAGAUUUAUGAAGAAUCACUAGUCUUUCUUCCUAAACUCCUCAAUUCCAAAUUAUCUCACUCGGUCGAAGUGUUAGAGUGUUUGUCUAUUGUCACUCUUGUUGCUGCAAGAGAUUUUGUAGACACAGAAAGAACAAUGGAAAUUAUAUGGCAAUUCAUGAAUCAAGAAACCAAACAUUCAUCGUACGUGACUGCUGCAGCAAUAUCAGCUUGGGCUCUGCUCCUUUCGGAUAUAAAUAUAUGUAGAAUUGGUCACAAAAAGUGGAAAGAAUUGAUCCCUUAUCUUCUAAAACAACUAGAGGAAGGUGAUGAAGAUGUUACUGCUGCUAGCAUCGACGCGCUUGCUUUAAUUUUUGAAAAAGAAACGAGAUAUAGUAAUGCCUUAGAACUAUAUAAAUCUGAAUAUGAAGAGGGAGCUGUUCGGAUUUUCUUACCUGAAGUAAGAAGAAAAUGUUGCAGAAAGAGGAUUUAUAUGUCCCCUAAUUCUCUGCUGAACAAGGGAAAGACUAAGUUGAUGAACAAGUACAGGAGUAUUGCAAAGGAGACCAAGGCUGGGCAUUACCAUGCUGAGGAAGAGCUCGACUGA